AUGGAAGCGUCGGGAGCUCUCCGCCGUGCCGGAGAACCCCAGGGAACGGGCCGCGGGCACCGGGGGCUGCAACACCGAUCCCCGCUCCUACCUGCGAGGCGCGGGCGGCGGGGCCGGGAGCAGGCGGCGGCCCCGGCCUCUCACACGCCAUGGGGCGGGCAGCGCGGCGCGGCCCGGAGGAGGCUGCGGCGGGGGCCUCGGCGGCGCCUCCUCAUCGCGCUGACAGCCGGGAGCGUCGCCCCUCCCCCUCUCGCGAGAGCCGCCCGCCGCCGCGCGAGAGCCCAACGGCCGCGCCGCGCCCGCCGGCCACGUGACCGCCGCGGGGAGGGAGAGGGCGCGGGGCAUUGUGGGAGUCGGUGGGGCGGGGUCGGCACUGAGGUGUCCCCACGCCGCCCGGGGAAGGGACGCCACCGAGACGGCGGCGUAGAGCGGCUCUCGCAACCUGCUGGCGCCUCCCCGCGGCUUGGAGCCAAGUUAUGGAGCGCAAAUGUGACACUUCUGGACUCAGCAGGAGUUUCACAACAGCACUUGUCAACCUUGAAGAAAAGUGUAUCCACAUGCGAUACAGACAAGAUUAAGAACUACUGCUUUUUGCUAACUGGAGAAUCUAAUCGGCUCAAGAACCAGAACCACAACCGGCCCCAUGGAGGCGUUAAGUUCCUUCGAGGGGAGUUCAGCGGCAGCUAUCGGUUUUGCCAAAAAGCCAGGGGAGAAAGGCUGACGCUUCAUCAUAUCAGUUACGGACUUGCAAAACAGGUCCUCUAA